AAGAGAAGACGAAGAAGAAGAAGGCGACCAUGUUGAUUGAAAGGCAGAGGAAACACAAUAGAAGCGAUUUAUGUCAAAUAAAACUUGGUAAUUAAAGCGACUUGUAGAGAAAGCAGCCGAUCAGCAGCGGACCGGAUAACUCAUGUAAAAUAGCAGAUAAACAAAGGUGAAAAGUCUAAGGAGGCAGCAGGGAGUUGAUCGCGGUCAAACUUGCACACUUCACAAUCCGACCCUGAAGGUGUGUGGUGUCGAGGGAGAGAGGGUCGAACAUUUGGAGCAGUAAGGAAACACACAGCGACGACUCAACGGGGGUGAAGAGCUAUUUUUUUUUUUUUUGGCUUUGGACUAGAAACAAAAACCCCUUCAGUGAUUUGUAUUUUCAGGGUUUUUUUUGUUUUCACAUGUGGCGCGACGUCAACUCACACAGUGGAUAUAAACGCAGAGCAUUACAGACUCUAUGAUUUUUGACUAUUUUUGGGGGCAGAGACUUGUACAAAGUUGGACAUCCGUUUUUUCAACGACAGGGAAUAUUGAGCAUCUCUGAUGGACUCAAAAGUGGAAACGGGAAACAUUGUCCCAUUAAGAAACAAACGUUUACCAAUUGAACUAAGAUUAUAUUGAAGAAGCUAAUUCCCCAAGUUCAGAUUGCCUUAGUUGUUCUAUUUAAGGACUUUAAUCGCUUUUGAUACUUGUUCACAUAUAAUUUUUCUAUAUCGUGAGCAAGUAUAUGAAUGCAAAUUUCUCUUCAUUUUGAAGAGCUUUUGUGUGAAAACUUCUUUUUUUUUUCUCCUUCGAUGUUCUCGUACGUCAGUCACUCUGUUUGAAGGGGACUGAAGUGCACGUACAUGUGUAUAUGUAAAUACUAUUAAGUUGACUUCUGUUGUAAAAGCUUUGGACUUUCAAAAAAACGAAAGAAAAGAACAUAGAAUAUUGUUUUGUUAAUGCUUUAUUAAACUUUUUUUUUUACUUUUGAAGAUAAUUUUUAAAAGAAAAACCUAAGAGGCAAAAAUCUAAUAACUUUUGAAAAAACAAAAAAACAAUAGGACAUCACGGAAAAAAUGGCAACGGCCAGAACAGAAAGCGUUGGCACAGUCGUGAUGGGACUGAACAAGCAGAAUGGCCAGCUCAGAGGACAGACCAAACCCGCUUCAGUCCAGCCAGCACCUAUGACUCAAGGAAAAGCUUUGGGUUUACCCCAGAAAGAUGGAGGAGGCAUCAAGUUUGGAGAUGAUUGGAAACAGAGCCUGAAGCUCCCUCCUAAAGAUACCAGGGUCAAAACCUCAGAUGUGACGUCCACUAAGGGGAAUGAAUUUGAAGAUUACUGUCUCAAACGAGAACUUCUGAUGGGCAUCUUUGAGAUGGGCUGGGAGAAACCAUCACCUAUUCAGGAGGAGAGCAUUCCCAUCGCCCUGUCUGGACGGGAUAUACUGGCCCGUGCUAAAAAUGGAACGGGAAAAAGUGGAGCCUAUCUUAUCCCGCUGCUGGAGAGAAUAGACCUGAAAAAGGACCACAUACAGGCCAUGGUCAUGGUGCCCACUCGUGAGCUGGCCCUGCAGGUGAGUCAGAUCUGCAUCCAGAUCAGCAAACACCUCGGAGGAGUCAAAGUCAUGGCCACCACCGGGGGCACCAACCUGCGGGAUGACAUCAUGCGCCUGGACGAGACUGUGCAUGUGGUCAUCGCUACCCCGGGCAGGAUCCUGGACUUGAUAAAGAAGGGAGUGGCAAAGGUGGACAGAGUCCAGAUGAUGGUGAUGGAUGAGGCGGAUAAGCUGCUGUCUCAGGACUUUGUGGUGCUCAUCGAGGAUAUCAUUAGCUUUCUGGCCAAGAACAGGCAGAUCCUGCUCUACUCUGCAACCUUCCCCAUCAGCGUACAGAAGUUCAUGGCCAAGCACCUUCAGAAACCCUACGAGAUAAACCUGAUGGAGGAGCUGACGCUGAAGGGCAUUACUCAGUUCUACGCCUAUGUCACUGAGAGGCAGAAAGUCCACUGCCUCAACACUCUCUUCUCCAGGCUUCAGAUCAACCAGUCCAUCAUCUUCUGUAACUCCACUCAGCGGGUGGAGCUGUUGGCCAAGAAGAUCACUCAGCUCGGCUACUCCUGCUUCUACAUCCAUGCCAAGAUGAUGCAGGAAUACAGAAACCGUGUGUUCCAUGACUUCAGAAAUGGACUGUGCAGAAACCUCGUCUGCACAGAUCUCUUCACCAGAGGUAUAGACAUCCAGGCCGUCAACGUCGUCAUCAACUUCGACUUCCCGAAGAACGCCGAGACUUACCUUCAUCGUAUUGGAAGAUCAGGGAGGUUUGGUCACCUGGGCUUGGCCAUCAACCUGAUCACAUCAGAAGAUCGCUUCAACCUGAAGACCAUCGAGGAGCAGCUGGUCACCGACAUCAAGCCCAUUCCCAGCAGCAUCGACAAGAGCCUCUACGUGGCUGAGUAUCACUCGGGCAGCGGCGACUGUGACGUGGAGGAGGUGGAGGAAAAAUCAGGAAACCAACAGGACAGCACCUAAAAAGAAACAAAAAUAAAAAAAACACAAGGACUUUUCGGACACAUUGGGCUUUUGCACAGACGUCGGCGCUUGUGCACAGUCUUCAGGCGCCUCCUCAGUUUCUCCUGCGUUUUCAGAGCCUGACGCAUGGAUGUAAAGGCUGCUUUUAUUUUGAAGUUUUUCCUCAGAAAGCUGCCGUUUUCUUUUUUCUUUUCUAGUAAUGUUUGUUUUGCACCAAACUCGUGUUUGAGACGGGAAUCUUAUCACUUGGCGGCCGCGCAGACAAACAUCAGAGCCGCUUUGAACCAACUGUUAUGAAACAAUAACAACGGUGCGUCUCCACCGGCCGUCGCUCUGUCCACUCACACUGCUGUUGUCACUUAAGUGCCUUAACUCACUCCCACGUUCACUCGUCCCUUCAUCGUCUGCUGUUUCCUCGUCACACAGCUGAGCGCGAGCACAAAUGAGGUGAACUAAAAAAUAUUAUUAUUUUAACAUCGCGUUAUGCAAAAAGGGGGAAAAAGAUAACACUCACCCACCUAAAUUCUCACGCAGAGAAGUGUAUGCGUGUGCAUUAACACGACUCAAACUUUACUGAAUGUUUAUUUUUUAAUGUGAACGUUGCAAUAAAAAAGGGCAGCUUUAUUUAAAUACUGCGUGACUGUUUUUUCCCUUUUCACGACGAUUAAUAAACGACUUGACAAGCCCUCACACUGAUUUCACGGAUGUUAACAUGCAAACAAACACAGCGUGGGAAGUUUAUUACAUUGAAUUAUUACAUUUAAAACUAAAUCACAUGACAAAUCCUUGGGGCCGCUGUCGCUGGAAGACGAUUUUGUUCAAAACGCCUCUGAUGGCAAAUCCUGCCUUUUCUAAGCUCUAAAAAAAGCAGAGUUUGAGUCGUUAAGAUUCCUGUGGUAGUAUUAAAAAAAAAAAGUUUGGUGCAAAACAAUUGUAUGUUUUAAUUUGUUUUAGUGAAAAUCUAAGGUUUAAAAAUCUAACUUCUGAGGUUCGUUUUAAAGCCCCCCCCCCAUCCCGGCAUAAAUGGAAGUUGGUGAAUGUAUGUUUUGAGGCAAAGCUCUGACACAUUUUUGACCUUGUUUUUGCUAAUUUUCUGCUGCUGCUGCGCCAGAAAAGGUUUCAUUGACUAGAUUCGCAUUCCAUUGGGUUACAAGUUAUAUUAAAGCUAAUGCGGCAGCAGCAAUAUUAUUUUUGGUUGUAUUUUUAUUUAUCCCCCCCCCCCAGCAAAAAUGUGAGAAUUCUCUUAUUUUAAGGAGUGGGCUCUGUUAUUGAAAGCAAAAUUGUAGCAUCUUUGAACAGGCAGCUUUGACUUUUUUUCUUUCUGUCCUACCCUUACAGAGUGUCAGACAAAAACAAAGGAAUUUAUUUUGCUUUUUAAGAUUUUUAUUUUUUAUUUAGUUUUGGCUCUGUGAGGCUUCAGCACUGGGAGGUUUUGUUUUUGCAGAAGCCGACACAGUGAAUUUUUCCUCUUCUCUCCAGUACUUAAGGCAAAAGAUUAAAAAAAACUAUACGUUUUCUGCUCCAAAGUUUACACACAUGCUUUGUGUUUUAAGUGCCAGAGAGACGGAUCUGUUCAUGUACAGGCGAGGGUUUUCUGGAAAGCACUGUGAUCCUGUUCCAUGUGCUGUGAUUUGUUUUCAGCAGCAGCUCGAUCCCCCCUUUAUACGAGGUGUUAUACGAAUCAUUUCUGAGGAAAUGGACAGAAAGGUAAAUGAUUCAUUGUUUACACUAGUCGUUUACAGCUGUUCAAAAAAAUAUAUACCUAUAUAAGAAAAAAGGAAAAAAAAAUACUUUGCUUCAUGGGUGGAGGAGGUAGAAUUUAUUUUGUUUCCCCCUAUUUUGAAAUAGAUUUUCAGGAUUUACACUGAAGCAAAACCAAAAAAGUGAGCGCGUGUGUGUGAGGGUGUUUUAGGUGUGUGGAUGAGUGUGUGUGUUGCGUAUGUAACUAUUUUUGUCAGAAUCGUUGCGUUUAUGUUCAGCUUUAGUUCAAAUCGACGUCUGGACUCGUGUCUAGAAGUGGAUGCUUGUUUGUGUGACAGUGAAUUAAUGAUGAAAGUGUGUGUCUGUUUGUGGCCUAAACAUCAGUGCGUGUGUUUACUUUUUGUCAGAUCUGUGUUUUCUUCGUUCCUUCUUCCAGAAGUUUAACUCUGUAGUAGGGCUGCAACUAACUAUUCUCAUAAUCGCCCAUUUUCUCCAUUUAAUUGAGUACUUGUUUUGGCUGUAAAAUGUCAGGAAAUUGAAAAAGGUUGACCUGUCUUUCCAUAACCUCAAAUGUUUUGGGCAUAAACCAAAAUGAAUCUGAAAAAUAUUUACAUUUAAAAAGCUAAAAAAUCAGGGAACUUGUUUUAAUAAUUAAAAAACUCACUCAAACCUGCAUUAAUCGAUUAUGAAAAUAGAUUGAUUUAGCAAUCAAAUAAUCUCUGCAGCCCUACUCUGUAGACAUGAGUUUCAUUUCUAGGUGGAAAUGUUUCACUCUUCUUGUCAAUGUUUUUGUGUUUCUGAUCACACCCCUGACAUCCUUUUAUCUAACUCUCCUUUGUGACCAAACGGUAAUUAGACAAUGUGGAAAUCCAGUGGAAAUUGUCCUAGAUUCCGUCUAAUUUCAUUUUGGUCUUAUUAUACUUUUGUUGACUGCAAUCUGGAAUUGUCCAAAGACGCUUCACCACUAAAAAUAAACGCUUCACAACAACUUAAAGUGAUUUAAGUCACCAAAAACAUCAAAAAACAGAAACAUUUUGUGUGAAGUUGACGUCAUUUUGUCCGUGGUAACAAAGGAGAGUGCGAUGAGCUGUUAUGAAUGAGCGAUUUUUAUUUUUUUGUCCGUUUGUGUGUGUGUGUGUGUGUGUGUGUGCGCGUGCGUGCACUCAGACUUGUCAAGUCUGUAGUGCCGACGUGGGGUGGGAAGGAUAUUUGUCAGAAAAGAAGUAUAAAAAUUUAAUUAAAAAUUUAAAUCAUGGGGGAAAAGGUUAAAGGGUUUGGGUAAAUAAAAGGUAAAAGAAAAAAAUUUGGCUUCUCUGCUUCGGCCUUUGUAAAAUUCUCAUUUGGUUAAAAAAAAUCAACAUCGCUUUAACGGGUGAGUCCGCCCCGCUAACGUUCCCAGUUUCUGUGCGUAAUUGAAUUAAAUUGGAUGUAUAAUAAACGUGCUGCACUAAUGUGAACUCACCCGCGCUUCAAGGCGGCGAUUUGGGCCAAAUUUAUUCGACAAAACUCGGCAGAUUCGUUAAAGUAAGCUGAGAAUUUACCUACUGUCGACUUGGACUAGGAAUUGGCUCUGAAAUGUUUUGUUUUGAACGUAGCUCAGAAUUACAGCAGUAUUUAUCUACAACAGGGACAGAUGAACUAUUGGCAUGAAAAGAAUUGGUUCCAUUUCAUCCCUUGCUUUUUUUUAAAAAAUUCAGCUUUAUUUUGAAAAAAAACUUAAGUUCUAAUUUCCCUUGUCUUGUUUGUAGUUUUUGGUACCAUGUCAAAAUACAACAAACUAGAACCAGACUCUGCUAUGGGAAUUAUUUUUUCUUCAUGGACUCAACACAUGAAUCGGAUGUUUCUGCAAAAAAAAAGGUUUUCCAUAUGAAAAUGAAAAUGUGUGAACUUCUGUCUAAUACUGUUGUAACAUGGAAAUACUUGCUGGGGCAAUACAGUUCAAUAAAUUGAUCAGAAACCUA